CUGGUUCGUCCCCUCCUUCAGGUAAUGAGAGCGCACCUUUGCUUGCUCACAAUAACAGUCACCUUGAGACUUCCUAGAAUUAACACAAUUUACCGCUUGAUCCUGAAUGUUCGGCUGCUCUCCUUUGUGCGGAACAGACGGAGGAUGCUGUAAUGAGAGUCGGAUGCGAGAAGUUGUUUGACCUGUAGUCCGAGUUUUCUUUCAGCCGUUCCCUGCGACUCACCUGCCGCAUCUUCACCGACCUGAAAGUCCAGUUUCUCUGUUGGGAGCCCCGCACUGCACAUGGCUCAGGAGGAGAAUAAGCGUCUGGUUGUGGUGGUGCCUAAUGAGAUGAGCAUUCCAUCCCGCCAAGCCUUCACGAGUGAAGAUGAGGCAUGGAAAUCCUACUUGGAGAAUCCACUGACCGCUGCCACCAAGGCCAUGAUGAGCAUUAAUGGAGAUGAGGAUAGUGUGGCCGCCCUGGGAAUCCUUUAUGAUUACUAUAAGGUUCCUAAAGAGAAGAGGCUCCUACCAGUACCCAAACUUCCAGAAGAUCAUGAAAAGAGCCGGAUCGGUCAAGAUGGUUUUGAGUCCACGGAGAAUCGUGUUCAUGUCCUGAAGUCAAUUCCAGUCAAGCUGUUCGAUACAGUGCCGGAUGAGGAGGGUGUCGUGGCCACUGUGAAAGCUGAGGUUUACGCCCAGUCAUUCUCCAACCAUCACCAGCAGCAGGGGCUUCAUUAUCAGCGCAUGCACUACCACUCGGCUUUACAGGAUUCAGCGAGCGCCAGCCACGACGGAUACAUGAAGGAUGAACAGUGUAGUACACCAGAUAGUAGCACCUUUGAGGACUCCUACCCUGAGGAAACUAUGAAGUACAGGGUUCCCACCACACUAGGCGCCGAAAACUUCAGCCAGGAACAUUCAGGGGUAGAAUUGUUCCAGUACAAUAUAGAAGCGAGUCGCUCUGUGCGCGAGAAGGCCGGCGAGGGGCCCAUGAUCUAUCUGAACAAAGGCCAGUUCUACGGAGUCACUCUCAGUGAGACCGGGGCCAACAAGGGCCUUCGUCAUCCCAUCAGUAAAGUGCGGAGUGUAGUGAUGGUGGUGUUUGGACAGGACAAGUGUCGAGAUGAGCAGCUAAAACACUGGAACUACUGGCACACCCGUCAACACACGGCCAAACAGAGAGUCCUUGACAUAGCUGACUAUAAAGAGAGCUUUAACACCAUUGGCAACAUUGAGGAAAUCGCAUACAAUGCUGUGUCCUUCACCUGGGAUAUCAAUGAAGAGGCAAAGGUUUUCAUUACGGUGAACUGCCUGAGCACAGAUUUCUCCUCACAGAAGGGAGUCAAAGGUCUUCCACUUAUGAUCCAGAUUGACACCUACAGUUAUAAUAACAGGAGUAACAGACCCAUCCACAGAGCCUACGCACAGAUCAAGGUCUUCUGUGACAAGGGAGCUGAGCGAAAAAUUCGUGAUGAGGAGAAAAAGCAGCUCCGGAAGAAGGUCAAAGGUCAGACUGUUGGCCAGGGCCAUGAUGGUAAGAGAGGGAGUUUUGCCACUUUACCUCAAAAAAGGCCAGAUAUCACACUUUUCAAAACUAUGACAGACUUGGAGUCCCAGCCUGUCCUCUUCAUCCCCGAUGUCCAUUUGAACAACCUCCAGAGAGCCGGUCAGGUGUUCAGCUUUGGUGUUGAAGAAAUGGAGAAUGAAGGGGUGGCCAUGAAAAGAUCAUUCCGGUCAGAGGAUGAUGUUUCUCCACCCGCCAAAUACAGCAGAGAGGACAAGAGAGUCCUGCUGUAUGUAAGGAGGGAAGCUGAUGAAGUUUUUGAUGCACUGAUGCUGAGAUCUCCAACACUGAAAAGUUUACUCGAAGCAAUAUCAGGCAAAUAUUCUGUUCCUGUGGAGAAGAUGACUAAAAUCUACAAGAAAAGCAAGAAAGGUAUCCUGGUCAACAUGGACGACAACAUCAUUGAGCACUACUGCAACGAGGACACGUUUAUCCUGGCCAUUGACAAUCAGGCGGACUGUUUCCGGGUCACUCUCACUGAAAUUUAAAUGCUAGCACCUCAACAACAUUCUGGUUCUACUGGGAGGACUUAAUUGGGACCCUGAAGCAGCACACAAUUCAUUCAGCUCUUCAGUACUCGUGUUUGGUUCUUAUGACCUCUGUAUUAGGAGAUGAAACAUCUUCGGAAGUCGUUGACUUGGGAAUGCACUUCAGUGGACCUGCUACAGCUUAAAUCGCUUUAAUAAAAGUUAUGAUGGACAGUCUGAACAACACAUAAAAUGCUCUUCCAAAGCACUAUAAUAUGCCUGUCAAGUUUAAAGCCUUUUUUUUUUUUUCCUUUGUGCUGUCUCCCCCUUGUGGCCAACAGUGUGAAGCCCUAAAAAAGCAUGGAUCAGUGCUUCGAUGAUAUUUGAACAUUUAAAGGAUCUUUAUCAUUCGAGGAAAACAUAUUGUGUUGUAAAUUAUAUCCACAACAAAGCCAUGAAUACACUCUGCUCUUCAUCUUAAGUGUUGCAUGGAUGCAUGUAUAAUUUACCCAUAUUUCUCAUUGUGUUGUAUGUUGAUGUUUUGAUGUCUUUUUAAAAACAUACCUUUGUACAUAUUUUUUAUGGUUGUAUUUUAUCAGUUGAAUAAACAAGUCCAGAGUA